AUGCCUCAAAUAAGGACAUUAGCUGGAGGUAGAUAUUCCAACAAGGAUAUGGUUCUUAAAUGUGACAAUGGAGAUGAUUGUUUUAGCGACGAGUUUGAAGAAGAUGAAGAAACAAUGUUUCUUGUUAAGGCGAGAUCACGGAAAAGAAUUAGGAAUUUGGAUAGUGUGAUGGCGACAGUUGGAGCUUGUAACAUACCAGAACCUAAUUCUUGGAAAGUUGUUGAGCAUACCAAAUGGAAGAGCUGGAGCGGGCUUGGAAACACGUCUCCCACAGAAGCUAUGCGUCUCUUUGUGAAAAUAUUGGAGGAAGAUGAUCCAAGUUGGUAUUCAAGAGCUUCUAACUUUGUUGCAGAGCCUGUAGUAGAUGUGCAAAUGAAUCAUAAUUCAAAAGUUGAGCCAGUGGUUGAGAAUGGCAAUUCUUUUCCUGAGACAAAAACUAUUUCCACUGAAAAUGGGAGCCUGACAGAAACUCAGGAUAAAGAUAUUGUUGUGGAAGGCCUUGGCUCAGUUGCCAUGUAUGAUCAAUGGAUUGCACCUCCAAUAUCUGGUCAACGCCCAAAAGCCCGAUAUGAGAUAUUUAUGAAUUUGUUUUUGGCCUUUUCUUCUAUUCUCUGA